AUGCCGUUCCUGACUUAUCCACGCGCCCUCCAGCUGAAGAAAGAACUGUGUGAAACAAAUGCGCAGGUGAUUACCCCUGAUGACGAAAACUAUGAAGAGGGCAUCACCCGUUUCAACGAAUCAUCCGAGAGGGUAGCCGGGGCGAUAGUCCUGGUUACUUCCACCAGUGAGGUGUCGAAGGUUGUCAGUUUCGCCACGAAACGGUACAUCCCGGUCGUCGUUCAGGGUGGAGGGUAUAGUACAAGUGGAGCCUCUUCAACCCACGGCGGGAUCGUGAUCAAUCUGUCUAAAAUGUCUAAAGUUGCUGUUGAUCCAGCCUCUCGAACACUAGCUGCUCAAGCAGGGGCGACAUGGGCAGCCGUUGACAAUGUCGCAGCUAGCUCUGGAUUAGCCGUUGUUGGAUGCACUGUUAACCAUACUAGUGUUGCUGGGACGGCAUUAGGAGGUGGAUAUGGCUGGCUCACUGGACGCCACAGCCUGAUAAUAGAUAAUCUUUUGAGCAUAAAAAUGGUUUUAGCUGAUGGUAGGGUCGUUGAUGCCUCCACCACAGAAAACACUGAUCUCUUUUGGGCCGCCCGCGGUGCUGGGCAAAGCUUUGGAGUCGCCACAGAACUUGUGUUCAAAGCCCAUCGACAACCUAAUCGGGUUUUUGGAGGAUGCUUAUAUUAUACCAUUGACAAACUACCUCAAAUUGUGGAAUUUGCCAAUCGUUUUGAGCAGUUAUCAACAGGAAAAGAGUGUCUAUUCUUCGGGUUCACCGCGCCAAUACUCAUGGAGACGACCAUGAUUAUCGUGAUAGCGUUCUAUAACGGACCCAGCCCAGAGGCAGAAAAGUUUUUCGAGCCAAUACUGUCGUUGGGACCGAUUGUUAACGAAACCAGAAUGAUGCCUUACCCACAAAUCAACACAUUGAUGAACGGGGCCGCCGAGUAUGGAGGACGCAAGAGAUUUGGCGCAACAAAUAUUACUCUUCCACUUCAAGUUGAAUUCUUGGAAGAGUUGUAUAGGGAUUUCGAUAAAAUUAUAAAAACUUAUCCUCGCGUUAACGAGACCGUCGUUGUUUUUCAGUUGAUUCCCUAUACUGAAAUAAUCAAAGUACCGAGUGACGCCACCGCUUUCGCGAAUCGCGGCAAGUACUAUAACGUUGGCUCAAUAUUUUGCUGGAAUUUCCCUGAGCUGGAUAAGAAGAUGGGAUCCUUGCAGAACGACAUGAUGAAAAAAAUCAGAGAACGUGCGGGUGCUUUGCAGGGUGGAAAAUUGGACGAUGGGGUUGGCGUAUAUGCAAACUAUGCUGGUACAUAA